CCAAAGCAACAGUCGCCUGAGCUUUCAGAACGACAGUACGCAGAAGUGAACAGUGCUUGUUCAUUGUACAGGGUCAUCCUGGCUUCUGUGCUCCAACGCAGCUUCUUUCGUUGGAUCGGGGGUGCUAACUAUGAGCCUGGCUGCCCAAUGGAAUACAGACGGGUGAAUUCAGACAGCUGAGCAUCACUUGGAGGAAUCUAUCAUGCUUUGCCCGGGGAGAUUUUAAAGGAGGCAGUUUCCAAAUGUAAAGAUGCAAAAACGCACCAUCCAUGAAGAUCCUAUUACCUAGGAAGAACUUGACAUUCUGCUGCAACGGCUGUGUCAGGAUUUAUUUAUUCUUGGGGUGUUCUGCACGGCUGGCAAAGAAUAAUGUUCCAAAAUCCGUCCAUCUCCCAAGGGGUCCAAUUUUUCUUCCCGGGUGUCAGCAAGCCCUGACUCACCACAGAGCAGCUGACAGGGGCUGUCAUGCUUGUGGCACCCUAAGCAAAAGCAAAAGACCUAAGGACGACCUUUGAAAACACAAAGGAUGGGUUUCAAUGUAUUUAGGCUACUGAGCGGAUCAGCUGUAGCCCUGGUAAUAGCCCCUACUGUAUUACUGACAAUGCUUUCGUCUGCUGAACGAGGAUGCCCGAAGGGCUGUAGGUGUGAAGGCAAAAUGGUAUAUUGUGAGUCCCAGAAAUUACAGGAGAUACCCUCAAGUAUAUCAGCUGGUUGUUUAGGUUUGUCCCUCCGAUAUAACAGCCUCCAGAAGCUAAAAUACAAUCAGUUUAAAGGUCUAAAUCAACUCACCUGGCUCUAUCUAGACCAUAACCACAUCAGCAAUAUUGAUGAAAACGCUUUCAAUGGAAUACGCAGGCUAAAAGAGUUGAUUCUGAGUUCCAACAGAAUUGCCUUUUUUCUUAAUAACACCUUCAGACCGGUGACAAAUCUCCGGAACUUGGAUCUGUCAUAUAAUCAGCUGCAGUCUCUGGGGUCUGAACAAUUCAGGGGCUUAAGGAAGCUGCUGAGUUUACAUUUGCGGUCCAAUUCCCUGAGAACAAUCCCUGUCCGAAUUUUCCAGGACUGUCGGAACCUCGAACUCUUAGACCUGGGCUACAACAGGAUCCGGAGUUUAGCCAGGAAUGUCUUUGCUGGCAUGAUCAGGCUGAAAGAGCUUCACCUGGAGCACAAUCAGUUUUCUAAGCUCAACUUGGCACUUUUUCCGAGGCUCGUCAGCCUUCAGAACCUUUAUUUACAAUGGAAUAAAAUCAGCGUUAUAGGGCAAACCAUGUCCUGGACCUGGAGCUCCUUACAAAGGCUCGAUUUAUCUGGCAACGAAAUCGAAGCUUUCAGCGGCCCCAGCGUUUUCCAGUGUGUGCCCAAUUUGCAGCGCCUCAACCUGGAUUCCAACAAGCUCACGUUCAUUGGUCAAGAGAUUUUGGAUUCUUGGAUAUCUCUCAAUGACAUCAGCCUCGCUGGGAAUAUAUGGGAAUGCAGCAGAAACAUUUGUUCCCUGGUAAACUGGCUCAAAAGUUUCAAAGGGCUGAGGGAAAAUACAAUUAUCUGUGCCAGCCCCAAAGAGCUGCAAGGGGUGAAUGUUAUUGAUGCCGUGAAAAAUUUCAGCAUCUGUGGCAAAAGUACUACAGAGAGGUUUGAAUUGCCACGGGCGCUCCCAAAGCCAACCUUUAAACCCAAAGUCCUCAGGCCGAAGCAUGACAGCCAACCGCCGCCACCCACCACCGUGGAGGCCACCGAAGUCAGCUCAGCGCCUGAGCAUGACACGGAACACAUCUCGUUCCACAAAAUCAUCGCAGGGAGCGUGGCUCUGUUCUUGUCGGUGCUCGUGAUCCUGCUGGUGAUCUACGUGUCGUGGAAGCGUUACCCUGCCAGCAUGAAGCAGCUGCAGCAGCGUUCUCUCAUGCGACGGCACCGGAAAAAGAAGCGGCAGUCACUGAAGCAGAUGACUCCCACCACGCAGGAGUUUUAUGUCGACUAUAAGCCAACUAACACAGAGACCAGCGAGAUGCUGCUGAAUGGGACGGGACCCUGCACGUAUGGCAAGGCAGGGUCCAGGGAAUGUGAGAUACCUUUAUCUAUGAAUGUGUCAACGUUUCUUGCAUAUGAUCAGCCCACGAUAAGUUACUGUGGUGUCCAUCAUGAACUUCUUGCUCAUAAGCCCUAUGAAACAAAUGCACAGGAAGAAACAAUUGAGACACAUUUAGAGACUGAUCUGGAUCUGAGCACAAUCACAACAGCAGCCCGAAAUCAGUGAUCACACUCAGCUGGCGUAUGAAGUGCAGCCCAGAGUUGCCACCCAAUUUUUAUUUCACAUGAAGGAUGAAAUGAAGAAGAUUUCUUCAGCGAUGGAUUCCAAAAUUCCUGUUCCGUUUCAAAAAUAAAUAAAAGGAAUUACACAUUCAGACGCAGAGUAUUUCAAGUCUACAAUUUGUAAUUAGCUAAGUUGUGCAGUAUUUUUUGACUUUAAAAACAGAGUAUGAUCCUUAAAAUAAAUCUUUUUUCAAAACUCAUCCUACCUACCUGUAAAAAAAAGAAAAACACUGUACAGAUCUAAUGUAUUUUUUCAUAUUGUAAAGUUUCAAUAUACUGAGAUGUACUGGUAUGUACAGGACCAUGGUUUAAUUACAUCUUACUUUACAAAUUUCAGUUUCUAAAAUUUUAAAUUAACAAAAGUUAUAUCUUGUGUUAUAUUCAAAGUUUCUCGGUUUUGUAGGAACUGUUUUGUUACUGCUUUUAUGCCCAGGAAAA